AUGGGUAUCUGGAAACAAAUAUUCAGAUUUCUCCGUCCAAUCCAAUCUUCUUCUCCUCAGCCGGAUCCUCCCGACCAACCAACUUCUCCUCACCUAGGCCGGCUUGAGAUCCCCACAGAAAUCAUCCUAAUGAUUGCAAAACAUCUUGACAAGCCUUCACUCAUAUGUUUUGCCUUGUCCUGUCAAACGCUCAAACGUUAUUGUUUCCCCAAGUCUCUCGACCUGUCUUUCUCGGAAAAAAGCGAAUUCCUGCUUCUUUUGGAAAAAGAUGCAGCCAAAUAUUACUUUUGCCAUCUUUGUGCCAAACUCCAUCCAUGGCAUGCCUGCUGGUUUGAACAUUCUCAUCUCAGUAUGGAAUUCUACACCAAAGAUAUACACCACUGCAGAAUGAUAAACUGGUUCAACCUUUUUUCACUCUCCAUUCCUUAUCCCCUUGCUCGAGUUGUCAUGAACCGGCAUUUUUAUGGCGCCGCCCAUGGCGUCCAUGUCGAUAAACUAGCGUAUCGCGGCAAAUUGACAGAUCCAAGCUGCGGCUGGACAUCUUCUAGAGAGUGGGGAGCUCGAAUUAUCGACGAUCAACUAAUGUUAUCAUCGAUCAUGAGUUUGGGCCCUUUACGAGAUUCUGAGGGACUGAGAGCGGUUAUCGAUACGGGAUUAGCUUCUUUGUGUCAGCAUAUAACAGCCAAAGUAUUGUUCCCUCUUCAUCAGAUUCCUACACAGGUUCUACUCGGCUCUCAGCCAGAUCACGUCGCCCAACGUCUUCAAUCCGUCAAUUCCUGCCCUAUAUGCAUGACAGACUAUUGCAUUGAUGUUAAUUGGCAGGAAACAGGUUGGACAAUCGAGAUUAUCACAUAUCAUAUGCUAGGAGACAUUCGAUCGCCGUGGGAUUGGACUUGGGUCGCCAUGGCUUAUUUGCCUUACAAGGCCCUCAAGGUACCCCGAUUCAAACAGCCAUCAGGAAAUCAGCCGGGAAUCGUGAAGCAUAUGUGGAGCAAAUCAGAUGAUGAUAUAUUUCAGCCCACGGGAGAAUGGGUAACAGUAGAUUGGCAUCCUUUCUGGAUGUGUAUAUUAGGGUGCUAUUGA